AUGGAUAACUGGGCAUUGCCAGACGGUAACUUGGUCAAGUCAUCCCAGCACCCUCUUGCCGCUCUGGGCAUCACGCUGCACAACGAAUCCGACGCAGCGACAUGCUUCGACGAUUGGAGCUUCGGCCCAUGGGUUCAUGAUUGCUCAAGGGGACUCGACUUUACAUUGUUAUUUGAAGAGAGCAUUCUAGCUAUUGUUCCGUCGUCUCUAUCUGUUGUCUUUGCGUUCUUUCGAAUAAUGUCCAUGAGAAAGAAGCAAUCGGAGGAUACCGUCAAGAGAUCCGCCCUCAACGCCAGCAAGCAAGCUAUAAUCUUUGCACUGGGCAUUGUCCAUGUGGUUAUUCUUUUCACAAGUCUGAGGCUCCACGGUCCUUUCUACCACUGGAAGGUCGCAUCUGCCGCACUGUCCAUCCUGACUAUUGGCCCCAUGAGUAUUCUGUCAUAUUAUGAGCACACAAGGCAGCCGAGAACGUCACUCUUGCUCAACGCAUACCUCGCCCUGUCGCUAUGCCUAGGAAUCAUUCGGGCGCGAACAGCCUGGCUGGUGUUUGGUAGCGAUGCUUACACCCUCUUAUUCACCAUCAGCCUCGUCUUCACAAUAGUUAUUGCGAGUUUGGAGGUUGUGCCAAAGAAAUACUCGCACACGGAAGAGCCGCAAGAGAUCAGCCCCGAAGAGACAAGCGGCCUCUACUCACUGGCGCUGGUAUCGUGGCUCAAUCCUCUGAUCCGCCUAGGCAACCGAAAGAUCCUCGAUACGGAGGACCUGUAUCCUCUCCACACCCAGCUCUCGGCGGCUGAUGUGUCUAGAAACUUCAGCAAAAGAUGGCAGGGCGACAAGGGCUCUGCAUCGCGGCGAUGGCUGCUGACCAAACUAGUCAGGUCCUUCUGGUAUUCUCUCCUCGUUCCUGUGCCGAGCCGUGCUGCUUUGCUCGUCUUCUCCAUUUGUCAACCCUUCUUCAUCCAGAGACUUGUCCGCUACCUGCAGAACGGUCCCUCUUCAGUCGCCCUUGGCGCCGGCGCCGACGACGACAACACCACCACCAAGCCCGUCCUGAUCCUGGCUAGCAUCUGCAUAUACGGCGGCAUCGCUCUGUCGGUCACAUCCUUCAACUACCUCAACAACCGCGCCUUCACCAAGAUCCGCAGCGCGCUCGCAACCGCCGUCUUCCAAAAGUCCACCAGCCUCCAGUCCGCCCACCUGGACGCGGCAGUCUUGACCCUCAUGAGCACAGACAUAGAGCGCAUCGACGAGGGCCUGCGGUCGUUCCACGAGAUCUGGGCCAACACGAUCGAGGUGACCAUUGCAGCUUGGCUGCUCCAGCAGCAGCUCGGCCCUGCCUUCCUGGCCCCCAUCGGCGGUGUCGUGAUCUGUGCGCUCCUGAUGACCUGGAUCAGCAGUCUCGCCGGGCGGAGGAUCGCCACGUGGACAUCGCACACCGAGGGCAGGGUGACGCUGACGAGCGCGGUGGUGUCGAGCAUGAAGCCCCUCAAGAUCGCAGGUUUGACCGAGGCCGCGGCGACUUCACUGCAGGGCGCGAGGGAGCAGGAGAUUGAUGCUGGCACCUCCUACCGCAUGAUCACGGUAUUUUCCAUCGUCAACGCCUUUUCGCCGGAGUUUCUGGUCCCUGUGGCUACGUUUGUGCUGGCUGCUGGGCGGCGCCUGGACAUGGCGCAGAUUUUUGCGAGCUUGUCGUAUCUGCGGCUGAUCACUGCGCCCCUGAGCCAGCUGUUCCAGAGGGUACCGUUUAUGAUGACUGCGUUCACAAGCCUGAACCGUAUUCAGGAGUUCCUGGACAGAGAGCAGCGCACAGACUACCGGUUGUUUGAGGGAACGUCGUCGCCGUCGUCGGUUCUUGACGGCGGGUCAGAUGGUGCUGCGAUCACGCUCGACAAGCUGAGGGUGGGCUGGAUGCAGGAUAAGUGGCAGCUUCGUGACUUGAACCUGACCAUUCCUAAAUCCCAAAUCACCAUCAUCACGGGGCCAGUGGCGUCUGGAAAGUCGACCUUGUGCAAAACGCUCCUAGGCGAAGCGACGUUUACACAAGGCACCGUCAUGUUCCACCAGCAGCGCCGGCGGGUUGGAUACUGUGACCAGACAGCCUUCCUCGUAAACGGAACCAUCAGGUCCAAUAUCAUUGGGUUCGACGCCUUUGAUGGCCUCCUAUACGACCAAGUAGUAGACGCUGUCCUUCUCAAGGCUGACUUUCGAAACUUACCAAAGGGAGACGCGACUGAGAUCGGCAGCGGAGGCGCCACUCUGAGCGGCGGUCAGAAGCAAAGGGUAGCCCUCGCGCGCGCUCUUUAUUUGAACACGGACAGCUAUAUCUUGGAUGAUUUCACCGUAGGUCUAGACAGGCAGACUGCGGAUGAGAUCGUGAGACGCCUGUUGCGGCCGGGCGGCUUCCUCACACGCAGACGAGCUACCAUCGUCUGGGCCACGCACUCCAUCCGGUAUCUGUCCCUGGCCCAGCGUGUGAUCGCCCUGAGCACAGAUGGCAAGGUACUCCAUCAAGGUGGCCCCGAGGAGGUGCUCCAUGACCGACAGGUGACGAUGAAAUUAGGAGAGGACGAAGAAAAACAGGAGGACGAGGACAAGGCCCCCGCCGCUGAGAGCCACGAGGUCAAGGACGAUCGCGGCAAGGACUCCUCUCGAGCGCUGAACGGAGCAGACAUCUACAUCCACUACUUCUCGGCCUUCGGAACGCCCCUGAUCAUCGCCGCCAUCAUCACAGGUCUGUUGUUCGGCUUCUUUGCAAACGCAGGCGCAGUAUGGCUCAAGACAUGGGCCGAGAACACCUUCGCCAUCCCCAGCCCGCUCAGCCGCAUCAACGCCUUCUAUCUCGGCAUCUACGCCGCCAUCAACAGCCUGGCAUUGACAAGCCUAUGUGCAUAUGUCGCCAUCACUCUCGUCGGCAUGGUUAGGACCUCAGGCUCUGUGCUCCACCGCCGCGCCGUCACCGCGCUGAUGCACGCCCCGCUACGUUACCUCACAAACACCGACGCCGGAGUGAUUGUGAACUACUUCUCACAGGACAUGAACCUCGUAGACACCGCCCUUCCGACCCUGGUUAUGAACACCUUCGUAGUCGCAUGCCUGCUCCUCGGCCAGGCCGUCGUCAUCACCAUCGGUACGCCGCCGAUCCUGCUCGCCUAUCCUUUCGCUGCCGUUGCACUUGGUGCUGUCACCAGGUUCUACCUGCACACCUCGCGCCAACUGCGCCUUCUGGAGCUCGAGAACAAGUCACCCCUGUACGCCCAGUUCGCGGACGCUGUGCGUGGUAUUGUUUCGAUCCGCGCGAUGGGCUGGGUCGCGGCGUGUGCGGCGCAGAACCGCCAGCGCCUAGACGACGCGCUGAGGCCGUUGUACCUCCGGCAGGCUAUGGGCAUAUGGCUCGGCCUUGUGAUGAAGCUGGUGGUCGCGGCUGUCGCGGUGGCCUUUACAGUGCUGGCGGCAACACAAGGGCGCAGCGGGGGGCUCGUGGGCGCGGGGCUGGUGGCGCUCAUGUCGUUUGGCGACUGGCUCAACACUGUCGUGCAGUGCUGGGUGCAGCUGGAAAUGAGCCUGGGCGCCGUGAAGCGGUUGAAGGACUUUGGCGAGAAGGCAGGGAAGGAGGAAGAGGAGCGUGCUGGGGAGGACCUGAGACCCGACCAAGCGUGGCCGGCCAGAGGCCAGAUCGUGAUUGAGCGAGUGGAUGCCUCGUAUGCGGCGAAAGGCUACAGAGAUGAUGCGGAGGAUGUUAGUCUGGCGCUGAGGGAGGUGUCGCUAAGGUUCUCUGCUGGCGAGAAGGUCGCAAUUGUGGGGAGGACAGGCAGCGGAAAGUCCUCGCUGAUCCUCUUGCUGCUGCGCCUGCUCGACCCGACUCCUGAGACAGAGAACAACAUCAGUAUCGACGGCCUGCCACUCCGCCGUAUCCACAGAGACACCCUCCGCCAGAGAAUCAUAGCCGUACCGCAGGACAUGGUUUCGACGUUAGCGGCCGGUGAGACAUUCAAACAUGCUCUGGACCCGUACUCACAAGGUACAGAGGAGGACUGCCUGGCAGCUUUGGCAGAUGUCGGCCUGCUCGAAACCGUUGAGGCUGCUGGAGGAAUUCACGCAAAGAUUGGCAGGGAGAUGCUGAGUCAGGGCCAGAGGCAGCUGUUCAGUCUGGCUGUUGCUGUCCUGCGUGCACGACUCCGCAACAAGAAUGGUAGCCUCGGUGGCGUAGUACUGCUCGAUGAGAUCACAGCCAACGUAGACAAGAAGACGGAGAAGGCUAUCAUGAGGGUGAUCGAGACCAUCUUCAAGGGCUACACACUGGUGGCCGUGACGCAUAGCCUUGAGUCUGUGGCGGGUUUUGAUCGAGUUCUUGUGAUGGCUGAUGGGCGGGUGAUCAAGGAUGGCCCCCCCGAGCUGUCGGCUGAAGAGCCAUGA